AUGGCGCCAGCGGCUAGCACACACCUGGCCAGUUGGUCCACGAAACCCUCAACACAGAACUUCAUCGCGGGGGUAGGCGUUGCUUUCUCGGCAGGAGUCUUCACUUCACUCAAUUUGCUUGGGGCUGGUGGAGCCAACCUUGAACAGUCUCACGUAAUCCAGACUGCAAAUGCCAUUCUGUCAUCGGUCUGGUUCUUCUCUGCCUGUUUCGGAGGCACGUACUUGCGAUUUCUAGGGCCUGGCCUUACUAUGGGUCUGGGCAUCAGCACCUUCGCAAUUUACGUUGGAUCAUUAUGGUACUAUGGAAUCACGGGGCAAAAGGCGUUCACUUUAAUCGCUGGUGCUGUCAUUGGGCUUGGAGCUGGUGCUGUUUUUAUCACCUCCGGCUAUAUCUCAGUUGCUUAUUCUCGCAAUCACAACAGAGGAAAGUUCGUCGCUAUCCAGCAGACGUUGCAAGCGACUGGCACCAUCAUAUGCAGCAUCGUGCCGGUCAUUAUAAACAAAGACAAUUCAAUAAGAGCGACUACUCCCGCGGCUAUCUAUAUCACCUAUAUAGUUAUUGUCCUCGCUUCGGCUCUUCUUGCUUUCAUUACACUCCGCGUGCUCACCAGGUUCAUGGUAUGGGACUCGAUUCCACUAGCGAGACCAACAAAGGUGUUUGGACAGCGCUGA